UCAUUUUCCCAACCAUUUACUUUCAAUUUUCCAACCUUUUCCUCCACCCUUCGCCACCAUCGCCCCCUUUGACUCUCCCUCUCCGCCAUUGCCAACCACUACUCUCCUCCUCUCCUAUCUCCCCCUCCCCCAAUUCUCUCCUGCAAAUUCAACUUCAACGAAUAUAGCUUCAUUUUCCCGGAAAAUCCCCGGACUUUUCAUCUGGGACUGUUUGCUCGGCCAGUGUAACCAAACUCUCCCUCUAUGCUCCGCGGCACCGCCAAUCCUCUCCAACGCAUUCAAAUUCAAGGAUAUGGCUUCCCUUUCCUGGGAAAUUCCGGGGAGUUUUUGCUCUGAAGACUUUCUGUUGGGUGAGUGUUGACUUUAGUUGACCCACACAGUGCUUGUGCGUGGGAGGGUGGUUGAUGAGGAGUUUGGGGUGCUAGCUGCGGAGAGGUGGCGGUUAUGGAGCCGGGGAUCUUCGGUUCGGUUUUUGUUUCCUUGAUUAUAGUAUUCUCUGCGUUUCUGAGGGUCUCUGGUAAUUCCGAAGGUGAUGCUUUGAAUGCGUUGAAGUCAAAUUUAGCUGAUCCUAACAAUGUUUUGCAAAGUUGGGAUGCUACCCUUGUCAAUCCUUGCACAUGGUUUCAUGUUACAUGCAACAGUGACAAUAGUGUUACAAGAGUUGAUCUUGGAAAUGCAAAUUUAUCCGGUCAACUGGUUUCACAGCUUGGUCAGCUUACAAAUUUGCAAUAUCUGGAACUUUAUAGUAAUAACAUAAGUGGCAAAAUACCAGAGGAGCUUGGGAAUUUGACAAACUUGGUGAGCUUGGAUCUUUACAUGAACAAGUUAAGUGGUCCAAUUCCGACGACGUUGGGCAAGCUUGCAAAACUACGUUUCCUGCGGCUUAACAACAACACCUUGACAGGAACUAUUCCAAGAUCUUUAACUACUGUUAUGACACUGCAAGUCCUGGAUCUUUCGAACAAUCAGCUAACAGGAGAUAUACCAGUUGACGGCUCAUUUUCAUUAUUUACUCCUAUCAGUUUUAACAAUAAUAGACUAAACGCACUUCCAGUUUCUCCACCACCACCAAUUUCUCCUACACUAACAGCUCCUUCAGGAAACAGUGCCACUGGAGCCAUUGCUGGAGGAGUUGCUGCUGGUGCUGCACUUCUGUUUGCUGCCCCUGCAAUCGUACUUGCCUGGUGGCGACGAAGGAAACCACAGGAGCACUUUUUUGAUGUACCUGCUGAAGAGGAUCCAGAAGUUCAUUUGGGGCAGCUUAAAAGGUUUUCUCUGCGUGAACUACAAGUUGCAACGGAUAAUUUUAGUAACAAACACAUUCUGGGUAGAGGUGGAUUUGGUAAAGUUUACAAAGGACGUUUAACUGAUGGUUCUCUAGUGGCAGUAAAAAGACUGAAAGAGGAGCGUACUCAGGGUGGGGAACUGCAAUUUCAGACAGAAGUCGAAAUGAUCAGCAUGGCUGUGCACCGGAAUCUACUUCGUCUACGUGGCUUUUGCAUGACACCAACAGAACGGUUGCUUGUCUAUCCCUUUAUGGUUAAUGGAAGUGUUGCAUCAUGUUUGAGAGAGCGAGCUGAUGGACAGUCUCCCCUUAAUUGGCCAAUAAGGAAACAAAUUGCUUUAGGAUCAGCAAGGGGGCUUGCUUAUUUGCAUGAUCAUUGUGACCCUAAGAUUAUUCAUCGUGAUGUGAAGGCUGCAAACAUAUUGUUGGAUGAAGAGUUCGAAGCAGUAGUAGGAGACUUUGGGCUGGCUAAACUCAUGGACUACAAGGAUACUCAUGUUACCACUGCUGUACGUGGCACAAUUGGGCAUAUUGCUCCGGAGUACCUCUCCACUGGGAAGUCUUCAGAGAAGACUGAUGUUUUUGGAUAUGGAGUAAUGCUUCUUGAGCUUAUCACUGGACAGAGGGCUUUUGAUCUUGCGCGGCUUGCCAAUGAUGAUGAUGUUAUGUUACUUGAUUGGGUAAAAGGACUACUGAAAGAUAAGAAGUUGGAGACACUGGUUGAUGCCGAUCUGCAGGGUGAUUACAUUGAGGUAGAAGUAGAGGAGCUAAUUCGGGUGGCUCUCCUCUGCACAGAUGGUGCUGCUGCACAACGACCCAAAAUGUCAGAGGUGGUCAGAAUGCUUGAAGGUGAUGGUUUGGCCGAGAGAUGGGAACAAUGGGAGAAGGAUGAUAUCAUCCGCCAAGAGUACAACCAUAUCCCCCACCCAGACUCUAAUUGGAUUGACUCCACCGCAGGCCUCCGUCCUGAUGAAUUGUCCGGUCCGAGAUGAUCAUUUUUGCUAUUCCACAUACAUAGAUAUCUGUUUUCUCAGUCCAUUUUGAAUUGGAAACCCAGAUCUUUACAUGUGUGCAUAUAGCUUCUCCUCUUUCGGUCUUUUCUUUUACAGAUUUAUAUCACAUAUGGUGUAUUUCCUUGAUGACCAUAAUGUAGUGUCCAUAGGGUUGCCAAGUAGCUUUGUAACACGUCAGGGUGCAAGCCAAAACAUGGGAGGAAUGGGCUUUGAUGCCACCCACACGUCAUUUUUAUGUAUCUGUAUCAGUUAAAAAUUCUUAUUCCAUUAAUAAUAAGACUGUUUUCUUGCUAAA